AUGGCUAACAAAUUACAGGUUACGUUCUUAGCAAUUGGGCUUAUCAUCACGGGUUGCUUAAACUCUGUGUUUACCAAAUAUCAAGAUAAUCAAGAUGUAUCACCAGGUAAAAAAUUUGAACAACCUGUGUUACAAACUUUACAAAUGUUUAUUGGUGAAGCUGCUGCUUUUAUUUUUUGGGGUUUAGAUAUUGUACAACGUAAAAAAAAUGGAUAUCAAGAACUUGAAGAUCAACAAUUAAUAAAUAGUAAACCUAAUUUACCAUUAUGGAAAUCAUAUUUAUUGGCAAUUCCAGCCAUUUGUGAUAUAGUUGGUACAACUUUAAUGAUGGUGGGUUUAGCCUAUGUUCCUGUAUCUAUUUAUCAAAUGACAAGAGGUGCUUUAAUCUUAUUUGUUGCAAUUUUUAGUAUAAUUUUCUUAAAACGUUCAAUAUCAAGAAUUGAAUGGUUAUCAUUAUUCACUGUGGUUUUAGGUAUAGCUAUUGUUGGUAUUAGUGGUAAUUCAAAUUCAGGUUCAUCAGCUGAAUCAUCAUCUACUACAGAACCAUUAUUGAACCCAAGAUUAUUAUUGGGGAUUGCAAUGAUCUUAACAGCUCAAGUCUUUGUUGCAACUCAAUUUGUUUUUGAAGAACACAUUAUUAGUAAAUGGUCAAUUGAACCUUUAAAAAUGGUUGGAUUUGAAGGUACUUUUGGUAGUAUAAUUGUCUUUUUAGUUAUGUUUUUUGGUGAUAUCACUGUGGGUCAUGAUACAAAAGGUCCAUUAGAUUUACAAAAUGCAUUUUAUGAAUUAUUUAGUUCUAAAAAAAUCAUUUAUAGUUCAUUUGCAAUCAUGUUGUCAAUAUUAUUUUUCAAUUCAAUUGGAAUCAUGUUGACAAGUAAAUUAAGUGCAACAGCAAGAAGUACAAUUGAUACAUGUAGAACAUUAUUAGUUUGGGUUGUUUCAAUUUAUCUUGGUUGGGAAAGUUUUGUAUUUUUACAAUUUAUUGGUUUUGUCUUAUUAGUUUUGGGUACUUUAGUUUUCAAUGGUGCUUUAAUAAUUGAUAAUUAUUUACCAAGAUGGUUUAGUGAUGAUAAAAAUAAACCAUUAAUUAUUGAUUCAAUUGAUGAACAAAUUGAAAGAAUUUGA